UCUAAAUCAUUUAAAUAUUAAUCUAAUAUGUAGAUACAAUUAGUGAUUUGUUCGCUCGUAUCACUCUCUUUCUCUCUCUCUCUCUCUCUCCCCUCUCUCUUUAGUUUCUCAAUAUUUACGAAUUAACUUUAGAAGUGUCACGUUUAAUUUAAUUUAAAUAUUCAUAAUUCGAUUAUCUACGGAGGUAAAUUUUGAAUUUGUUUAUCGACUACAUGUAUUAUUACACAAUCGAUUGGCGAUAUCAAUAACAAGAUUGGACGAUCGUUUGUUGUCAUGACCGAGACAAGCUGAUUUGGCUUCGACUCGAUUCAACAUUCAACCUCAAUGUAACUUGGCUUCCUUUUCGGCAGAAACCCGUCAAAAUUCUAAACCGUCUAAAUUCCAAAUGGGGUGGGGUUUGACAAGGACGCAGUGCCAGUGUAACGGCACUAACGGCAGCCAUGGUAUAUCGACGCAAGUGCAGGAAUGCGCUCCAUCAAAGAAAGUCUUGCCAGCAUGCCCUCCCAUCAUAACGGCUGCAGUGAAGUCCACUUGUGGAACAAGACGGAUGUUCGUUUCUGUCAUCAUCCUGAUCUUUUUGUUGGCCGCUAUAUACUGGGUAUCCAUGCGCCAGCAAGCGAGCCCCGGCGUACGUCGACCAAUGAGAAUUCAACCUCAAGCUUCACGAAAUAUCGCGUCGGGGCAAACCGAGGCUGCGGAAACGGCUGAAAGAUGAAGUAACGUAACUAAUAAUUCUAAUUCUCCUUCGGAAAGGACGUGCAUGAUAAUU